CCUGUUUAAUUAAGACUGAAUGAACAAGUGAUCAAACUGGUUUUGUAUUUGCUGAUCAGCUGUCAGGUGAUGACUCUCUGAUGACAGUGUGGUUGAAUAUGAAUGCACUGUGGUUUUAGUUUAUUCGUGACGAUGGAACCAUGGAGAAAAAUACAAGCUUAAAAAGGGCUGUACAUGACAGAGAGACAUGAUUUUCUUUACCUCUUCGGACAUGUCCUUUGGAGAAAUUCUGCCAUUCCCAGACGAAAUUCAGUAUUUGAUUUUGGGUAUAUCUGUUACUCUUUUCCUUGUAGCCUUCUGUCUUCUAAUAUGGCAAAUUUACCACUACUGUACACAGCUUCCUGUUUCACAAAGAACAGUGAAUAUCUUGUUAGCAGAUGACCUGUCAGCUAAGAGUGGAGGUUUUCAAUAUGCUACACAAACACCAAAAGCUAAGAUGGUCCAUUAUGAGGAAUUGGACCAUCUGAGCCACAGUCUCUCUCCUGGAUCCUCCUACUCCAAUCUGGGCAGCUGUCUAGACCUGGCCAGCGUGGCUGAUCCAGAAGAAGUGCACAUCCAGGGGUCUCUGCGCUUUUCACUGUUCUAUGAUCAACUGCAGUCCAGACUGGUGGUGACAGUACUGGAUGCCCAGGACCUGACAGUGCGAGACUUUAGUCACAGUGUGGACCCCUUUGUAUGGGUGCGGCUGCUCUGGGCAGAAAGAGAGGAUGAGGAGCAGAGUUCACUACAGUGUGUGCUGCAUGAGUGGCAGACGCGCCUAGUGAAGAAGAGCUGCAGUCCUGUGUUUGGAGAUCAGUUCUCUUGCGCUCUGGCUGAGGAGGAGGUAUCCAGAGUCACUGUUAGAUUUGAGGUAAGGGAUUUUGAUAAAUACUCAAGACAUGGAAUUUUGGGAGAGGUCCGGGCACCCCUGAACAUUUUGAAAAUCUCAUAUCCCCUGGAGUUAAAACAGGAUCUGCAAGUACCAAAAAAAGAUAUGGUUGGUGAGGCGCUUCUUUCUCUGAAAUACAUGCCUAUAUCUCAGAGGCUGGAGAUAGGAGUGUUGAAGAUCAGAACAGUCUCUUAUCCCAAUAAAACAGAGAGAGUUCUCUAUGCCAGGACCAGUGUCAUCUGCAACCAAUGUAAACUUCGACAUCAGAGGACAACACAGAAGAGGCGCUGGGAAGUGACUGUGUUUAAUGAGGUCCUGACCUUUGUGCUGCCAGAUCAACAGAUCAGAGAGUGCUCCAUUAUUAUCUCUGUUUAUGAGCAGCACCCUGCAAAGAAGUCCUCCAAGCACCUGAUUGGUCAGAUCCACCUCGAGAAGGGCAAGACCUCAGAGAAUGAGCACUGGAAUUUGAUGAUGCAAUCACUUCGACAGCCAAUCGCCAAGUGGCAUUUAAUCUACAUAUGAAUACACCUCUUAUUUAUUUACCUCAUAUCUCAUUUCCCGAGGUGGGAAGUUGUACUUCCGACAUUUGUGUUUAUCUGCUUUUAUGUCUGAAUGUGAAAACAUGUGUGCAGUCAAGCAUUUGGCUGCUCAUUGUGUUUAAAAACACUUAGAAAUGUGCAAAACAUUUUAUAUUUUAUCUCAUUUAGUUCACUUUGUGUCAGCUCAUUAUCCAACCUGUGUUGAGCUGCAUUGUUAGCACAGGGAACUCGAGAUCCCUUGACAUGGACAGGAAACGAUUGUCACAACCUAAUGGGCCUUUCUGACCGAACGCAUUGUUGCGCUGAGUAAAAGCUAGAUGCAGCUCAACGAGUAAACAGAACUGUGUUAUUAUUAACCUGACACGGAUUCAAAAAUAAGCGUGGCACGACUGCACAAGAUGCUGAAAAACAGCGGGUACUUCUCAUUUCUGAAACUGAGUAUCCUUGUUUCCUUUCCUUGCUUUCAAGCUCCACCAACAGUGGAAAAAAGGGUUUCUCACAUAAUUUCACAUGAGAAAUUAGUGUGAUCACUGGAUGAAGAAUUUUUUUUGUCUGAAAAACAAAAGAGGAGACAAAAACAAAUGAAAAUAUGGUAGAAAUAACAAUUGGGAAAAUGUUUGUUUUGGAAAAAAGUUGACGGUAAAUAAAAUAUAGUACAAUGUCAAGUAUUGUGCACAGACCAUUUAUUUAUUUGUGAAAAAUUCAUUCUUGUUAG